AGAAGAGAAAUACAGCAGGAGGGAAGAGGGUUUAAAAGCUAGGGGAAGCCAGGUAGUCAGGGAAGGCCCAGCCUCUCGCCUAUUCUCAGGGAGCAGGGACUUGGGCCCCAGAGGGGCACAGGCAGGAGGCACCCGACCCCUGGUGGCAGCAGCAGCAGACACAGGAGGGCAGCAUGCAGCUGGGGUGUGCGUGGGUGGCAGUGAGGAGGGGCGGAGGGAGGAAGCUGGCUUCCUGAAGCCUUCUCAGCCCUAAAAGUCAGACCGACAGACAGACAGACAGCUGGCAAGAGGCAGCCUGGGGGGCACACCUGCUUCAGCAGACCUCAUGGCUGAGUGAGCCUCCCCUGGGCCCAGUACCCCCACCCCAGCAUGGUCCUGGCCUGUGGGGGGCGCUCCAGAGCACAGCCGCUGACCUUGUCUUUGGGGGCAGCCAUGACCCAGCCUCCACCCACCAAAGUGCCAGCCAAGAAGCAUGUGCGGCUCCAGGAGAGGCGGGGCUCCAAUGUGGCUCUGAUGCUGGACGUGCGGUCCUUGGGAGCCGUGGAGCCCAUCUGCUCAGUGAACACACCCCGGGAGGUCACCCUGCACUUUCUACGCACAGCUGGACACCCCCUUACCCGCUGGGCUCUGCAACACCAACCACCCAGCCCCAAGCAGCUGGAGGAAGAAUUCUUGAAGAUUCCUUCAAAUUUUGUCAGCCCCGAAGACCUGGAUAUCCCUGGCCACGCCUCCAAGGACCGAUAUAAGACCAUCUUGCCAAAUCCCCAGAGCCGUGUCUGUCUUGGUCGGGAACAGAGCCAGGAGGAUGGAGACUACAUUAAUGCCAACUACAUUCGAGGUUAUGAUGGGCAGGAGAAGGUCUACAUUGCAACCCAAGGCCCCAUGCCCAACACAGUGUCGGACUUCUGGGAGAUGGUAUGGCAAGAAGAAGUAUCCACCAUUGUCAUGCUCACUCAGCUCCGAGAGGGCAAGGAGAAAUGUGUCCACUAUUGGCCCACAGAAGAGGAAACCUAUGGACCCUUCCGGAUCCGCAUCCAGGACAUGAAAGAGCAUGCAGAAUACACUGUGCGGCAGCUCACCAUCCAGCAUCAGGAAGAGUGCCGGUCAGUAAAGCACGUCCUCUUCUCUGCCUGGCCUGACCACCAGACUCCAGAAUCAGCUCGACCCCUGCUGCGCUUGGUGGCUGAGGUGGAGGAGAGCCCAGAGGAAGCUUCCCACACCAGGCCUAUUGUGGUCCACUGCAGUGCAGGGAUUGGCCGGACUGGCUGCUUCAUCGCCACCCGAAUUGGCUGUCAACAGCUGAAGACCCGAGGGGAAGUGGACAUUCUGGGCAUCGUGUGCCAACUGCGGCUAGACAGAGGGGGUAUGAUCCAGACUGCAGAGCAAUACCAGUUCCUGCAUCAUACUUUGGCCUUGUAUGCAGCCCAGCUGCCCGAGGAGCCCAGCCCCUGACCCCUACCAACCUCCACCAGCCCAGGUGCUCACUCCAUCUCAGCCCUGGGAAGGUGGGUCUGGGGAAAGGGGGCUGCAUGAUCUGGUGGGAUCUUAUGGGUGGGCAAGGGGAAGCAAUGUAGGGCAUUUGCAGCCACAGGGAGCUGCUGUACCAGCAAGGACAAGGGGCCAGACUCCAGGUUUUCACCCCUGGCUACUCCUCUGCUUCCUCUAGUGGCCCCAAAUGGACCAUAGUGGGAGCCCCCCCCCAUUUCUCUCUGAACUUAAAGAUGGGAACUGGCACUUACAACAAAAAAGAAGCCCAGGUAUUCUGGUCUCCUCUGAGAUGCUAUUUGUGAGCUUCAGUUUCCUCAUCUAUAACAUGGACAUAAAGUGCUUUGCUGCCAUAAGGGGAGGCAAUCAGAGAAGUUCCUAGCAGCCAUUCCAGCUGCAUCUCCUUCCUGGGCUGGCAGGAGCGUGAUUCCAUGCUCAUCCUCCACCUGGGCCCAGCCCAAGCACAGGCCAGAUACAAGAGUGGGGAAAAGUCUGGUCCUGACUUCAAAGUCUCAGCAUCCUCUUCCAUCUGUGAAAGUUGGACCCCCCCCUCCUCCCCUACCAAAGAGAAGGAGGACUUGGAUUACCUUUGUUUCUACCCAUGUAUCCUGAGAACAAGCUACAGAGGUAACCAGGCCUGGCAGUUGAUAUGUCUGGAAGAAGGAAUGUAUGGGGACUACUCAGAGGCCAAGAAAGCUCCCCCUGACUGCAUAAUUGCCAGCCACUCACCCCAACUACUCUCUAGGGAAGCCCAUCAUUCUCUGCUUUGCUUCCAUGACCUCACUUAAUACCAUGGGCACGCAGGAAGUCCCAAAGAAAGAAGAGAGAAGACGAGACAAAGAGCUCGGCCAGAUUUUAGAUAGCCAACACCUUCACACACUGCGUUUGCAGAGUACACCUGAAGAGCUCAGUUGUUUCCAAAAGCAGUCUGGGUUAUUACCACUUCAUGCAGACACGGAGGCUCAACUUCACUAGGAGCCCUCACUAUUUCCCCCAGAGAACUAACUCCCCUUGUUCAUCUCAGCAUCAACAUAAUUUCCAGGUGACCGCAGAUCUAUCUCAGGGCUAAACUACACACCCCAGGAUUCAUCCUCCUUGAAUCCAACACAAGGGUGCCUGUUCUGAAAUGGGGGUGAAUGUAAGGCACCAUUUCUCCUGGCACUCCACCCCUGAGAUCUGCCUUGGCCGAUACCAGUUCUCUGUGGCAACCCUCCAGGAACUGAAUCCUGGAAAACAUCUGGGUCUCUGAAGACUCAUGACACCUCUUCUGAAGAACUUGCAGUGCUAAAACUGAGCUUGGUUGUCUUAAUGCUUCUGCUUGGCCUUCCUGAGGAGCUCCUCCUUCUUCGUAGCCCUGGGGAUGGACUCACCUGCACCUCCACCUUCCUUAAACCAUGUGAGAGGCACUGCUGUCUGUAGGUGAAGGGCUCCCAAGUGCCUGAUCCUGCCCUGAGCUCAGACCCAGUCUGGAGGGAAGAAACUGCAUAGCCCCAAAGGCUCCCCUUCCUGGCACUGUCACCUUAACCCUGUUUCUGAGCUCAGAGGCUACAAGCUCUACAAAAGAAACCAAGUGGGAAAAUAAAGACUUCUUAGAUGACUGAUUCAUUCCUUCUUUCCAUUUUCUUAGGCCUCUGAGGCCUCUUUGUUGCAAUAGAGAGUAAAGUCUUCAUGGAUAAGGAACAGGCUACAAAUCUUUACCUCUGGGAUAUGCACUUUUCUAGCACUUCCAGAGACAUCAAACAAAGCGAAACUGAAGUCAAUUUAGGAAGUGAGACAGAGGUGUACUGUCACAGUCCACUCGGGCCUCUAUAACAAAAUGAAGUACCACAAACUGAGCAUCUUAUAAACAACCGACAUUUAUUACUCACAGUUCUGAAGACUGGGAAGUCCAACAUCAAGGCCCUUGCUGAUUCAUUGUCUGGUUAGGGCCUAUUUUCUGGCUCAUAGGCAGAGUCUUCGCUCUGUUCUUACACGGUAGAAGGGGUGUGAGCUAGCAUUCCCUUUCUCUCCUCCUCCCCUCUUCUAUAUAAGGCCACUAAUCCCCUUCAUGAAGGCUGGCCCUCAUGACCUAAUCACUGCCUAAUACCACCACCUUGGAGAUUAGGAUUUCAGCAUAUGAAGUUUGGGUGGACACAAACUCAGAUCAUAACAUGUGCCUUAGGAACUAAAAAGGGACCUAUGUAAGGGGCAGGAACUAGAAAGGUAGCACUUAAUAAACCAGAAUAUUAUGCC